AUGAAGAGUCCGGUGAGUGAGGCGUUGCUAGGCCCAAAUCCUUCUUCUCCUCCCCUGGUGUCGUUUUUCCCGGCGAUUCCGAGCCUGCUGUACUGGAGCGUCUUCUCCGAGGAGUGCGAGGCGCUGGCUCUGAGGGCGGCAGCGGCGGAAGCGGAGAGGCCUACUCCUCCUCGGCCUUUUGGGCCUCUUCGGCUUCCGUCUACUAUUGAGGCCGAGACGCUGACGCCGCUGUGGACGGACUCGAUCCUGAGCGAGACCUUCACGCAGACGCCCUCGAGCCCCAACCGCACCUUUUGCUGCGAAGGGAAGAAUGCCUCGGCCUUGGAGGCUACUUACUCAAUCUGCGGCGAGGCUUCGGCCCGCUCCUCUGGGCUCUACCGCACCUUCGAAGAGGAGGCCGCGCCCCUGGUCACCUCCACGCCGGCCCCGCUGGCGGAGGAGGUGAACGCGAGGGCGGGGAUUGGGAGAGGAUGCUCCCAGGGGGAGGCGAGCGCGAAGAAGAGGCGCCUCUCCCCCGGAAGUAGGUCUCCAGGCUGCCCAACGCCAAAGAAAACAGCCCUCCGAGGGAAAGGCGCCCCAAGGAAGGCCUCAGGAGGAAGGCCCAAGGAGAAGGAGGGCGGCAGAGUCGCCAGGCCCAACCCGGGCAAGAAGCAACUACCUUCUGGAAUGAAGACUGGUUUAGCAGAAGUGCCCCAGGAGAAGAAAUCUGCCCUGUCGGCUCAGCUGCAUUCACAUCUUGCCAGAAAGCCUCCGUUGGGUAGUUCAGUGGCCCAUCAGGUUCCAAAGCUUCAGGAGGAGAACAAGCCUUCCAGAACCAAGCUCCCGGUUCCUGCAGCUGGAGGCCCCAAGACAAGCAAGAUGGGAGUCCAGAAACCUCCCAAAGAGAAAGAACUGAAGACGGAAUCAAACCAGAAGCAACUCAUAGCUAAGAGCUUGUCUCAAAGUGCAGGCCUGGAUGGGAGGCGUACAGGUGGAGCUUUGAUGCCAGUGGGACAGAUCCCCAGGGAUGCUCCAGGGCAUGCAUCUUGUUUGCAGUGUCAACGGCUGCUUCGGGAAAACCAGCUCCUGGCUGAAGAAAUUCAGCACCUGAAGACCCUACUGGAAAGCUACCAGGGAACCUCUUCUUGAACAUCUUACAUUCAAUGACAGACCUUGUCCCUUGUGUUGUAGCACAUACUGAUGUGGGGACCUUGCCAUCUCUUGCUGGGUUGUCUGUGCUAAUUUUUUAUUUCCUGCAUUUGUACCCUGCCCUUCUCACCCCUGGGGGGGAGGGGGUUGAAGUCCAAAAGACCUGGAGGGAGGGCUGAAGAUGGUCUACAUCAGGCUUGAGCAAACUUCGGUCCUCCAGGUGUUUAGGACUUCAACUCCCACAAUUCCUAACAGCUGGUAGUUGAAGUCCAAAACACCUGGAGGGCCAAAGUUUGCCCAUUCCUGCUUUAUAUGCACCUCAAGUGUGCAUGGCUAAAGUGCUCACCUGUGCAUUUAUAUUGGAAGAUUUUGACUCAUAUAUAGAAGAUUCACUGGCGUACAUCCCAUAAAUGCAUGUUGAGCAAUUCCUGCUAUGUAUAUAUUAUUUAGUUAACACAAAAAUUACAGGAGAUAUAGAAGGCCUUUUCCAAAUAGAAAUAUUUUGCACGUUAAACCUCAAAAUGAAGCCCUUUUAAUAUUUGCACAACAAUCAUGAAGGCAUAUGCUGCCAAAUGUCACUAGCCAGGUGACAGCCAUCAUCUUUCAUUCACAUCUGCUGCUACUGAGUUUAUGUAUCGUAAACAGUAUUUUUCUGAGUAAGUUAACAGAAAAGUGAAAGUUGUGUGGCACCUUCAAGACGAAUGAAGUUUAUUGUGAUGCAAGGAAUUUUUUAUUGUGCGUUGAAACUUUAUGAGAUGUGUGAAGGUUUCUCCUGUAACUAACAAUUUUGUAUAUAAAAAUGCUUUUAGAGAGAUUUAUUAUUAAAUGACAAUUGGUAAAA